AGGUUCUGAAGCAGGUGCUGCUCCUGUCUCUCUGAAUGAAGAUUGAGCUUUACCCCAAACUGCAACUUUCUUCCUCUGUCCAACAUCUAGUAUUUGAAGAUCUGAAGACGGAAGUUUCAAAAUCAACAGAUGAAGGGCUUAUGCCCAAAAUGUCGACUCUCCUGCUCCUCAGGUGCAGCCUGACUUGCUGUGUUUUUUCAGCAUCGCACUUUUCGAUACUGACUCUCCAGCGUCUGCAGUCCUCACUUUGAUGUCAAUGUCUGACAGUCACUCAAUCCAUCGGGACCGCAACAAUUUUUGACUGAUUCUGUGAGAAGGAGCAAAGCUUUCUGGUUCCUGUUUCAGUCCGUUUUCAGCAUCAGUGGGACUGGAUGAGAGACCCUACUGUUGGAGUGCACUGAGUGUGGAGCCUGAAAUAGUUAUAAGGCCGGGGAAGAGCUCUACACGUGUUGUGUGUGGCUGAAGCUUCGGCCAUGGAGAAACCCGAGGAAUCCUGCCCCAUGGAGAAACCGUGGAAGUGUGGAGACUGUGGAAAAAAUUUCCGUUUCCCAUCUGCUCUGGAGAUUCAUCGUCGCAGUCACACCGGGGAGAGGCCAUUCCCCUGCACCAACUGCGGGAAGGCCUUCAGCAAUUCCUCCGACCUGGUGAGGCACCAGCGGGUCCACACGGGGGAGAGGCCCUUCAGCUGCCCCGAUUGCGGGAAGGCCUUCAGCAAUUGCUCCGACCUGUUGAGGCACCGGCGAGUCCACACGGGGGAGCAGCCCUUCAGGUGCUCCACAUGCGGGAAGGGCUUUACCCAGGCCUCCACCCUAUUGGCCCACCGGCAGCUCCACACUGGGGAGAGGCUGUUCAUCUGCACCGAAUGUGGGAAGGGCUUCAGCAAUUCCUUCGCCCUGCUAACCCACCAGCGGGUCCACACGGGGGAGAGGCCAUUCCCGUGCACAGAGUGCAGGAAGGCCUUCAACAGUUCCUCUGACAGACUGAAGCACCAGCGGUUCCACACGGGGGAGAGGCCCUUCAGCUGCCCAGAGUGCAGGAAGGGCUUUACCCAGGCCUCUGACCUGCUGAGGCACCGGCGGGUCCACACAGGGGAGAGGCCGUUCACCUGCUAUCAGUGCGGGAAGAGCUUUAGCCGCUCCUCCCACCUGCAGAGUCACCUGCGGAGAUCACAUGCCAUCGCAGGGGGUUUAAAGCAGUGACGGCUGGAGACAAGGUAUGGGUUUAAAUUGGUGCAUGAGGCAAUACUUCUUCUAAUUUAUGGUUAUGCCAAGGAUCUAAUUACAAAAGGACAGCUCUGUGCUGACAAAUAGUAAAGAAAGUGGGGGUGAGGGGGCAGGGGGAGAAGUGUGUGCACUUAGACCUUGAGCUGUUUCUAAAAAAAAAAGAUACUUUUUCUACACCUUUUUGCUGAGGGGAUCUGAAGCUGUAACAAAGUUGGGUUGCAAUAAAGGGUUACCUGAACUUACCAUCGGGCUCAGACUCUCAUUGAAAGCUUUGAGCUCCAGAUGGUUUUUGUUUAAAGGUGCUCUAUUCGUUCAGCCUCCUGCACUAAGUUUCCAAUGUCAUGUAUCAGAUGGAGCAGUGAAUGAGUAGCUGGUAUCAUUAGAAAUUGUAAAUUUUUUAGGGAUGCAGGUACUGCGUUGUUCUAUCAGCAUUGUAAAGUUUCCUGGUGGAAGUGUGGGCUGUGUUCACUAGAAACGUUGUGGAGGUGUCAGUGUUGGACUGGUGUGCACAAAGUUAAAAUCUCACAACACCAGGUUAUAGUCCAACAGUUUUAUUUGGAAGCACUAGCUUUCAGAGCGCUGCUCCUUCAUCAGGUAGCUGUGGGGCAGGAUCCUAAGACACAGAUUUUAUAGUAAAAGAUCAGUUUCAUGCAACUGAUGGGUUAUAUUGAACAAACCUUGAUUGCUGUUAAGUCUUCCAUCUUUAGAAUAUGCUGCAGGUUUCUGUUCAUUAAUAUGUAAAUCUCAGAACUACUUUUAAUUCAUGUUCUCAAGAUGACUUAAGGUUUUAUAAAAAUAGGUGACAUCUCAGCUCAGACAAUGCAUGAAAGGUGUGAGGUUCGGUCUGUCUGUAUCCCAAUCUUGAAUCAGACUGGUUCUAUUUCCAAAGUAUGAGUUGAUAAAAUAUGACAUGGAUUGAUUGCCUUCA